AAGAUUUAUUUCCCUUUUGAAAAAAAGGAUUUGGUUUCCUUUCUUGUUAGCUUUUUUAUUUCCUAUCUUUGGUUCAUCAUUUUGGUUUAUGUGUGUUCUUUGUAUUUAGAUGGUCAAAGUGAGGAAUUGGGACAAGAAGUGAAGAAAGAACACAAGAUCAUGUUUCUUCUUCUUCUUCUUCUUCUUCUAAGUCACUAAAGAGAGAUAGAGAGAGAAGAGAUUUAUCCAAAAAAAAACUUUUUUGUAAUCAUCAUUUCUUGAGAGUUUAAUAAUGCCAGUCCCUCUUGCACCAUAUCCAACUCCUCCGGCUCCGGUGAUGGCGCCGCCGUAUGCUCCUCCGCCGACACAUGGAGGGAGUACAAGUGGACAGAGCCAGUUAGUGUGUUCAGGUUGCAGAAACCUUCUGAUGUACCCGGCCGGAGCAACCUCUGUCUGUUGCGCUGUCUGUAACGCCGUCACGGCCGUUCCUCCGCCGGGAACGGAGAUGGCACAGUUGGUCUGUGGAGGAUGUCACACUCUUCUUAUGUACAUUCGUGGAGCUACAAGUGUUCAGUGUUCUUGUUGUCACACUGUUAAUCUCGCCCUCGAAGCCAAUCAAGUGGCACAUGUGAACUGUGGAAACUGCAGGAUGCUAUUGAUGUAUCAAUACGGAGCAAGAUCUGUGAAAUGUGCCGUUUGUAACUUUGUUACAUCCGUUAUUGGGGUUAGUCCUCGGGUUCUUCGAGCACGACUCCUGAUGUGAAGUUUAACAACUAAAACUUGGACCAAACCUAUCAAAUAUAUAUUGAGUUAUGAGCAAUAUAUAGAGGAAGAAUCAAAUCUUUUGUUAUGUCUCUCUUCGAUCAAGAAUCCGGCGGUGUGAUGUUUUCAGAAGUAAAUAAUAAAAAAAAUAUGUAAUCUGUCGAAACUUAUGUGACUUUGGCCUCUUUGUUCGUUUGUAUAGGGCUAUCUAUCUAUCUAUUUAUCUGUCUAUCUAUCUCUCUUAAGUUUCUUUGUCUUUUCUUCUUUGUCUUUUGUUUCUCUUAAGUAAAAAUGUAUUCACCAGUUUGUAAGAGUAAUUCAUAAAUCAAAAAGCUAAAAUUUUAUGGUGAAGAAAA